UGCCCGCUCGGCUCGCUCCCGCGCGCCUCCUCAGCAUCCUCAGGCCCGGCAGCAACGCCCGCAGUUACUGGAGCGGCCGCGCCCGCCACUGGGAGGGUGCAGCCGCUGGGGAGGCUCCAAGUUGGCUGAGCCGAGGGGGACCCCCCUCUGCGGACUGCUCCCUGAAAGGCGGAAAGAGCCGAGGAGGGCGCGCCGCGGUCCCCAAACCCCCAGCCCCUGACCCCUACCCGUGGCCGCAGCAUGCGCGCCCAGCCGGCGUGACCGGCUCCGCCCGCAGUCACCCCGCAGCCCAGCCCGGCGCUCUCGCGGGUCACUCGGACCGGCGCCCGGGAGCGAUGAGCCAUGAAGCCGCCCGGUAGCAGCUCCCGGCGGCUUUCCCUGGCGGGCUGCAGCCUGGCCGGCACCUCCCGCGGCCCCUGUCGCUGCCCCGCCGGCCCGGUGCCGGCCCGCACCCUGGCCCGCGCUCCGCCCUGCCUCCUGCUCCUCGUCCUUCUCCUGGUGCCUGCGCUCGCCGCCUCGUCCCGGCCCCGCACCCGGGGGGCCGCUGCGCCCAGUGCUCCGUACUGGAAUGAAACUGCAGAAAAAAGCCUGGGAAUCCUGGAAGAUGAAGACCAUACAUUGCAACAGAAUAGCAGCAGUAACAUCAACCACAGCAGUGCAAUGCAGAAAGAAAUCACACUGCCUUCAAGACUGGUAUAUUACAUCAACCAGGACUCAGAAAGCCCUUAUCAUGUUCUUGACACAAAGGCCAGACACCAACAGAAACACAAUAAGGCUGUCCAUCUGGCUCAGGCGAGCUUCCAGAUCGAAGCCUUUGGCUCCAAGUUCAUUCUUGACCUCAUAUUGAACAAUGGUUUGCUGUCUUCUGACUACGUGGAGAUUCACUAUGAAAAUGGGAAACCGAUGUACUCUAAGGGUGGAGAGCACUGUUACUACCACGGAAGCAUCAGAGGUGUCAAAGACUCCAGGGUGGCUCUGUCAACAUGCAACGGACUCCAUGGCAUGUUUGAGGACAACACCUUCGUGUAUAUGAUAGAGCCGCUGGAGCUGACUCAUGAUGAGAAAAGCACAGGUCGACCACACAUAAUCCAGAAAACCUUGGCAGGACAAUAUUCUAAGCAGAUGAAGAAUCUCAGCACAGAUGGCAGUGACCAGUGGCCUUUGCUACCUGAAUUGCAGUGGCUGAGAAGAAGGAAGAGAGCAGUGAAUCCAUCACGAGGGGUGUUUGAAGAAAUGAAGUAUUUGGAGCUUAUGAUUGUUAAUGAUCACAAGAUGUAUAAGAAGCACCGCUCUUCUCAUGCACAUACCAACAACUUCGCAAAGUCUGUGGUCAACCUUGUUGAUUCUAUUUACAAGGAACAGCUCAAUACCAGGGUUGUCCUGGUGGCCGUAGAGACCUGGACCGAGAAGGAUCAAAUUGACAUCACCAUCAACCCUGUGCAGAUGUUGUAUGAAUUCUCCAAGUACCGGCAGCGUAUCAAGCAGCAUGCCGAUGCGGUUCAUCUUAUCUCGCGUGUGACUUUCCAUUAUAAGAGAAGCAGUCUCAGUUACUUUGGAGGCGUGUGUUCUCGCAUCAGAGGGGUUGGUGUAAAUGAGUAUGGUCUUCCAAUGGCAGUGGCGCAAGUAUUAUCGCAGAGCCUGGCUCAAAACCUUGGAAUCCAAUGGGAACCUUCUAGUAGGAAGCCAAAAUGUGAAUGCAUAGAAUCCUGGGGCGGCUGCAUCAUGGAGGAAACAGGGGUAUCGCACUCCCGAAAGUUCUCAAAGUGCAGCAUCUCAGAGUACAGGGACUUUUUACAGAGGGGCGGCGGGGCCUGCCUUUUCAAUAGGCCAACAAAGCUGUUUGAGCCCACAGAAUGUGGAAAUGGAUAUGUAGAGGCCGGGGAGGAAUGUGAUUGUGGUUUCCAUGUGGAAUGCUAUGGAGUUUGCUGUAAGAAAUGCUCACUCUCCAAUGGGGCCCACUGCAGUGACGGUCCCUGCUGUAACAACACUUCGUGUCUUUUUCAGUCACGGGGGUAUGAAUGUCGGGAUGCCGUAAACAGCUGUGAUAUCACUGAAUAUUGCACUGGAGACUCUGGCCAGUGCCCACCAAAUCUCCAUAAACAAGAUGGCUAUGCCUGCAAUCAAAAUCAGGGUCGCUGCUACAAUGGGGAGUGCAAGACAAGGGACAACCAGUGUCAGUACAUCUGGGGAACAAAGGCUGCAGGGUCAGACAAGUUCUGCUAUGAAAAGCUGAACACGGAAGGCACUGAGAAGGGCAACUGUGGCAAGGAUGGAGACCGAUGGAUCCAAUGCAGCAAACAUGACGUGUUCUGUGGAUUUUUACUAUGCACCAAUCUUACUCGAGCACCGAGGAUUGGUCAGCUUCAAGGAGAGAUCAUCCCAACGUCCUUCUACCAUCAAGGCCGAGUCAUUGACUGCAGUGGUGCUCACGUAGUUUUAGAUGAUGACACAGAUGUAGGCUACGUAGAAGAUGGAACUCCAUGUGGCCCAUCCAUGAUGUGCUUAGAUCGGAAGUGCUUACAGAUUCAAGCCCUAAAUAUGAGCAGCUGCCCACUUGAUUCCAAGGGUAAAGUCUGUUCCGGCCAUGGGGUGUGUAGUAACGAAGCCACCUGCAUCUGUGACUUCACUUGGGCGGGCACAGACUGCAGCAUCCGGGAUCCAGUGCGGAACCCCAACCCCCCAAAGGACGAAGGACCGAAGGUGAACAUGGCCACAAGCAGGCUCAUAGGGGCAGUGGCUGGCACCAUUCUGGCCCUAGGGGUGAUUUUUGGAGGCACAGGGUGGGGCAUAGAAAACGUCAAGAAGAGGAGGUUCGAUCCGACGCAGCAAGGUCCCAUCUGAAUCAUCUGCACUGCAAGCAUGCCGCCUUGAACUGUUGGGUUCUGGGUACGGCAUGUUUCAGCCAUGCUGCCGGAACUCUUAAGUCUAUAAACAAGACCCUUGGGUGGUAAUGACUGUGGAACUCCAAUGUGGGAAUGGGAAUGGGGUACAAGACAACUGCCCCUUUGGAAAUAACUUCAAGUAGACCCUCCUACCACCUGUCAAUAAAGGGGAGGGUGUUUAAGACCAUGUCAUUUUAAAAAACUGUUCAGAAUCCUUUAUUUUUUUUUCUUUUUAACUAAAGGAGAAAGGAACAGCAGCAAAGUGUAAUAAAAGAACACAUAGCAAAUGAUUUCCCUCUUAGCCUGCUGACACUUAAUAUCUUCUAAGUGAUUUGGCAUGAUUUUUUCCCUUUACUAUCAAAGACAAACUCCAGUGGCAUGAAGAUCCAAUUUUGGAAAGGGUAAAAACUGCAUGGCCUAUAUAACACCAAGCUAGCAAGCCGAUCUUCAGCAAAACUUACAGUGGAAGUCCUAAGGGGAAGAUGACAGAUGAAUACAUGGAAGCUGCCUGGGCCUGGAUAAUGCCUCCCCCUCCAUCCCCUCCAUCCUUCCUCCCUUCCCCCGGAUCCCUUUCCCUCACUUCCAUGUCCCUGCCCACCCUGACCAGCCCAUGGCAGCACUCAGCGGACUGUGCGCUUGCUGAUUCAUUUUUCCCAUUAUUUUGUCUCCUGGACCAAGCAUCCUUUGGAAAUAGGAGCUGGCAUUUGAACAAUACUACUGUAUAGUUCUUUUAUAAAUGUAAAUAUGGAAAUAAGAGAUUUUGACAUGCCGUUUUCGCUUGUCUGUAUUGAAAUGUUUUCUUUGCAAAGGUCCUCGCUACACGAGUUUGCUGCUUGCUCCACGUCCUCCUUUUCCUUCCUUUCUCUUGUUUUCUUGCCUUCUUUUUCUCUGUCCUCUCUUAUAACAUGUCCAGUGAUUGUUGGGCUUGCUUAACAAGGUAGAUGUAGCCCCAGAUGCAGGAAUUUUGGGUACAAAACAAAGCUAGUAUGCUUGAAACAAACAAACAAACAAAAAAAAACUGGGAGGACACAAAACAACCCAUAUCAAGAACACAAAAAUUAUGUAAAUGUGAGUAUAUAUGUACUGAUGAGUCUAAAAUUUUUGAUGUGAUCCUAAGCACAUGUAUAUAAUGUAAGAAAACAGAGACCCUUCUUGAAUUAAUCACAAAAGUGCCAAGCUCACAUUUUAGUUUUUGGUUUAGCCAGUUCUCUUUCCCUGUCUUAAAUGUGAAAGGAGGAGAAACUUAAAGCCUUAAAUAAAAAUUAGUAAUUUUUAAGGGUUGAAAGCUUGGAGAAAAGUUAAGCUUUCCAUUCUGUUCCUUUGUAUUUUUGUCAACUUUCAUUUAUGCUUUGUCUUUCUGCCUCAAAAUCUGUGUGACAGAAUGCCAGUGUGGUAGGGCAGAGUAGCAGGUAGCCUUCUGCUCAUUUGGGCCUGUCAUUUGGCAUGGUGAUUUCCGGAGCUCGCUUGGCCCUCGGUAUUUUUCUGGCUCGUGGACUCUGGUGGACUGUGAUGGGAUUCCACUGUGUAUGAGUUCACACUCCUCUUUUUCCUCCAGUAGCUGGGGAAGAGAGAACCUCGGCCUUCCCAAGUCUCCCUGAGCUUCCCUCAUCUUCACUCAUCCCCUUUUCAACGUAUUGCUAGGACAGCUUCCAUUAAAGUGUUAGGGGAACACGAUACUGAAGAAAUUCCCCACCAGCUUUGUUUCAGAUGUUCAGACUUGUACAUGAUGGCUUCAUAUAGACUUCAGACCCCUGAGAGACUCCUGUGAACUAUGCAUUUCUUCCUGGUAUUGAGAUACUUUCUACAUUUGGCUAUAAACCCCUUUCCAGUAAGACUCAUGCAGUUACAAUAUUUUUUCUUGACUAGAAGGGAUGAUUUCCUGAAAAUGGACUGCUUAAAACUGGAGUUUCCCCCUCAUUCCCCCAAGAUAUCUUUAGUUAUUGAGGUUUCACAUGCAUAGAGCAGACAUCUUGAUUGCUAUAUACUACCCCAGACCAUAACCUAACAUCCUAAUCCUCGGAUGGCUUUCUGAGAAACAGGUGCUAUGCAGGUAUGCAGUCUUUUUGCUUGAACUUGCUGUUUGCUUAUAUAGUGAUAACAGGGCUAUCUAUAAGGUUUAUUGGCCUUAUUCCUGGUUUUAUAAGACACAGGUUGUACCCCUUUACUGAAUGGCAGUGGCUUAGUUUGGAGGAAACUCAGAUGACUUGGUGUCUCUCCCUGUUGUUACAUUGCUUAGGGGUCCACUUCACUAUGAGAUACCAAGCAGCUGCCAACCACACCGUACUCAUUUCACUACUAUUUUCAAGGCACCGUGGUGACUUUAUUUGACACAAAACCAUGCCAGUUAUAAAAUAGAUCUCUAUCAUUGACUUUUGAGCAUUUCACAAACAACAUUGUAAAUGUGCGAUGUUAUGUUUUAAAUCAGACCACAGUGGUCCCCAAAUAUUAUGUACAUAUGACAAAUGUCAGUGUAACUUUUUGUUACACUAUCAGUUUCAUAGGUAACAAACCUAUGCUCCAAUGUUAAAUUAUCUGUGUGUGUAUGUAAAAUGCACAAGCUUUAAACUGUGUAUGGACAUGAAGGGUAACGCAAUCAUACUGUACACAAUGGGUUAGAAUAAUUUCCAGUGGCGUUAGGUUAUGUGGAUUCAAGCUCUUUGCUUCAUUUUCUCUUGCACAUGCCAUUCAUUUGCUUAUUUUGUGAUGUGAAUACUUCUUAUUAAUUUGAAUUCAAAGCACAAGACUACCAUGUUUAGUGUUACCCAACAAAAGUGUUAAGUGAUGACCAAGUUCCCGUUUCACUUGCUAUCAUUUUGCUGCGAUAAUUAAUGAUGCUUGGAUGAGGAGGUGUGCGCUAACUUUGUUGCUCACCUGGGGUAGUGCAUGAGCCCACUGAAUUAGAGCUACUCUUCCCAGCUAAGUGAGCAGUACACAUAGGUGCAUGUUUGAAACAUGAAUCACAUUAGAGCUGUGGAGUUUUGCCAAGUGAUGUGCUUUCUUUUGUUUUUCCUAUGCAAAGACAGGAAAUGCACAAACUAUUCGAAGAUAUUUUGGAAGAACUUUACAACAAUACUUGAAUUCUUUCUUUAAUCAUCCCAUCCCAUUUUAAAGUCUUUGGUAAUGCUUUCAUUGUUAAUUUUAUUUUUCCCCUUCAACUUUAAUGGUUUGUAAAACGUACAACCUGAACUUUUGUUUGAUAAAUUCCAAUCCUGUUGGCUGCUUGUGAAUGGAGAUUCCGUCAUCCUUAUAUGCAUCUUUUAGUUGAGUGUGCAUUAAAACUUUUAUUAAUGCA